AUUGCAGCAUUAAUCCCCUUACAGAACAGAUACAGGGAACAGACACACCUACUCCUAUCAUGGGGUGCAGCCUGAAUAGCAGCUCAGCAGCCAAUUAUAUAUCAGAUGAUGCAGAUGAGGGAGGGGCUUCAUGCGAAGAAGGAAAUCUCUCUGAUUAUAGGAUUAUUACUGUUUCAGAACAAGUACAGGAAACAGACACGGUCUCUGUUAUUAUGGGAUGUAGCCUGAAUGACUCCCUGGUGGAUAAUUAUAUAUCCGUUGUGAUUGCAGAGGAGCCAGUUAGAUGGGAACAGGGAAACCAAUCAGAUUGCAGCAUUAAUCCCCUUACAGAACAGAUACAGGGAACAGACACGCCUACUCCUAUCAUGGGGGGCAGCCUGGGUAACAGCUCGGCACAAAGUUAUUGCCACAAAAAUAACGGGCAUCUAAUGGCGUGUAACUGCCCUGAAUGCCAGACAGAACCACAUAGGAACACGGAUCUCCGUAACCACAAGGGAACCGCCCAGAAACCAUUCGCCUGUUAUAUCUGUGGGAAAAGCUUUAUCCGCCGCUCGGUGCUCGCCGUACACCAGAGAACCCACACGGGGGAGAAACCCUACGCCUGCUCCGAGUGCGGCAAGUGCUUCGCUCACCAGUCCGACCUCAACCGCCAUCAGAAGAGCCACACUGGGUACAAGCCGUUUUCUUGCAACGACUGCGGCAAAUGCUUCACCCGCCGUUGGUACCUCAACGUGCACCGGAAAAUUCACACGAAAGAGAAACCUUUCACUUGUUCCGAAUGCGGCAAAGGCUUCACGCAGCUCUCGAACCUCAACUACCAUUACCGGAUCCACACGGGGGAGCAGCACUACAUCUGUUCCGCCUGCGGCCAGUCCUUCCAGACCUGCCUAGCACUUAUCGAACAUCAGAGAAGCCACACGGGGCAAACCUCGUUUCUGCUCUAAACUCGCCAACUAUUCUACCCGCUCAGGAAAGAAGUCAUUCCCUUGGUUCAUAAUGGACAUAAAUGACUGAACGUGACAGAGGCGGGACUUGUGCCUGUUGCUUCUGUAUGUGGGAAAGGAUUUUAAAGGGGAAGGCCACCCAAACACAACUUACGCUUAUUGAAAAGUAAAGAUAAUUUCAAGCUACUUUGCAGUAUACAUUAAAUAAGCAUUAUGCAGCUUUUCAUGAUUUUUAAUGUAAUAAUAUGGUUGAAAUAAGUUCCCUAAGGCCCGCCCCCUGUUCCCCUGCUGAUCUGGCUGACUACUUUGAGACUGAGAGCCUGCCUCCUCCCAAUGCCACAAUUCCCUGCUGCAUACGUGGUGUCAAUAAGGAAAGGAACAUCCCAGUGCAAUGCAUUGUGGGUUAUGUAGUUCCUGUGGGCUGUCUGUAAGCUGGGGAGGAGGAGUUGUUACAAUUUGUAACAUCAGUGUUUUAGUCCCUCCUCCCCUGCCAGGAUUUCAAAUGAUGCAGAAAGAGAAGGACUGUUUUGCAGCUGGAUUUCAGCAUAUAAACAUGGGAUUUAUUCCUACUGUUUGAAGGAACAGAUCACAGUGAUAGCGAUAUUAGGGGGUUCUGUGUUGUGGGGGGCUCGGUUGGUUCGGAAGCUACAGUUCCCCUUUAAGUUAAGGGCAAACUAAUUUAUCAGGGUGUCCCAUCUAUUAUGUAUCAACUUGCAUUUACUGUGUCCCCUAUUAAUACCUGCAGUUCUUUCUAAUUCUGAAACGAUUGGUCUCCGAGACACGGCAGUAUAUGGGCAGCCAAUCACAGGAGUGAAGUCAUGCUACAGGGAUUUCGUUCUGGAUUCAGCCAAAUCCCAAUCUUUGCAGCAGAAAGUCUCUGGCCAAACCACAUACAAACUCUUGAAAUCACGCGACUUUAGACCAGUAGCCAAAUAAAGUUGAUAUUUUUGUAUAUAUUUUUUUUUCUUAUACAAUUUUUUUUGGGGGGGGGGGGGGGGGGGUUGGAUAUUCCCAUAUGAAAAUGAAGGGUUGGUUGGGGAUUCAGAGCAAUGUUUGUAUUGGACUCAGUAUUGGUAAAGCAGUGCAUCAUGGGACAUUGACAAGCACAGUCCUUCUGUUUUUAGAAGUGUAUAAUGCAUUGGCUCCAAUGUGUUCAAAUAAGUAAAGGGCAAGUAAUUAACUGAUUUUGGUGUUGGAAAUCAUUCACUUUUGUAUAAAUGGAAUCUGUAAAACA